GCGGCAGAAGCUGUCGGGAGCUGAACGGAGUCACGGGGCGAGGAGAUCGUUCUGGGGCCGGGAGCUCGAGACAGGUGUCCAGCCACCACCUAAUCACCGACUGCGUCGUGUCGCCGGUUCCGCAGGCACCAUGAGCCAGGACAACGAGGUGGGCAUGAAAGAAGUGGAGCUGAACGAGCUGGAACCCGAGAAGCAGCCGAUGAACGCGGCGUCGGGGGCGGCCGUGUCCGCGGUCAUGGCGGGCGGCUCGGAGAAGAACGGUCUGGUGAAGAUCAAGGUGGCCGACGACGAAGCGGAGGCGGCGGCGGCCAAGUUCACGGGCCUGUCGAAAGAAGAGCUGCUGAAGGUGGCGGGCAGCCCCGGCUGGGUGCGCACCCGCUGGGCGCUGCUGCUGCUCUUCUGGCUCGGCUGGCUCGGCAUGCUGGCCGGCGCCGUGGUCAUCAUCGUGCGGGCGCCGCGCUGCCGCGCGCUGCCGGCGCAGAGCUGGUGGCACAAGGGCGCCCUCUACCGCAUCGGCGACCUUCAGGCAUUCCAGGGCCAGGGCGCGGGCGACCUAGCGGGCCUGAAGGGGUAUAUCGAUUACCUGAGCACCCUGAAGGUGAAGGGCUUUGUGCUGGGCCCAAUUCACAAAAACCAGAAAGAUGACGUCGAUGGGACCAACUUGGAACAGAUCGACCCCACUCUUGGCUCCAAGGAAGAUUUCGAGAGUCUCCUGCAAUCGGCCAAGAAAAAGAGCAUCCGAGUCGUUCUGGAUCUUACUCCCAAUUACAAGGGCCAGGACUUGUGGUUCCAACGCACACGGGUUAACACCGUGGCCACCAAGAUGAAGGAUGCUCUGAGCUAUUGGUUGCAGGCUGGUGUAGAUGGGUUCCAAGUUCGGGAUAUAGAGAAUCUGAUGGAUGCACCUUUAUUCUUGGCCCAGUGGCAGAACAUCACCAAGAGCUUCAGUGAAGAUAGGCUCUUGAUUGCAGGGACUGGGUCCUCCAAUCAUUCUCAGAUCUUGAACCUACUGGAAUUAACCAAGGACCUGUUGUUGACUAGCUCAUACCUGUCAGUCUCCGAUUUCACUGGGAAGCAUACAGAAUUACUGGUCACCCAGUAUUUGAAUGCCACGGACAAUGGCUGGUGCAGCUGGAGUUUGUCUCAGGCUGGUCUCCUGGCUUCCUUUGUACCGGCUCAUCUUCUCCAACUCUACCAGCUUCUGCUCUUCACGCUGCCGGGGACCCCGGUUUUCAGCUAUGGGGAUGAGAUUGGCUUGAAGGCAGCUGCCCUUCCUGGACAGCCUAUGAAGGCCCCCAUCAUGCUGUGGGAUGAAUCCAGCUCCCUCAACACCUCGGGAUUUGUAAGCCCCAACAUGACUGUGAAGGGCCAGAGUGAAGACCCUGGCUCCCUCCUUUCCCUGUUCCGGCGACUAAGUGACCAUCGGAGUAAGGAGCGCUCCCUGCUGCACGGAGACUUCCAUGUACUCUCCUCGGGGCCUGACCUCUUCUCCUACAUCCGCCAGUGGGACCAGAACGAGCGUUUUCUGGUAGUGCUCAACUUCGGGGACAUGGGCCAACCUGCCAGGCUGGGGGCCUCCAGCCUGCCCUCCAGCUUGCCCUCCAGUGUUGAGCUGCUGCUCAGCACCCAGCCAGGCCGCAAGGAGGGCACCUCUUUUGAGCUGGAGCACCUGAAACUGGAGCCCCACGAAGGGCUCCUGCUCCGCUUCCCCUAUGUAGCCUGACCGGGACCCACCACCCUUCCCCCCACUCUCCAGGCCCUUUGGGUUCUGUUUUCUCUUUUUUUUUUAUUGUCACAGAUUACAGAUGAACCGUCAGUAGGGUAUUUUCUGGCUUCAAAUAAAAGUCACCCCUGACUAGUGA